CGAGCUAUAGAGACAACCACGAAGCUUGUUCUUGCCUUAAAAACUUCAAAGUUUUACCGAAAAUAAACGACGUUUUCAUCUUAAUAAUCUUAAUAAUUAUUAUUACAUAAUAAUUUUACUCCGCGAUGUCGGCGGCGACUCGAACCUUACUGGUAGUGAUUGCGCUCUUUAUUGGGACUGCGUCGGUGACAGCGCGAAAGAAGUGCAGCGCCACACAAAUGACUGCCUGCAUGAAUUGUUCACAAAUAGGAACUUGCGGCACUGAUCUGACAUUAACCGCUGCUGCAACGUGCUCUUCAUCGCAGGUUUGCCAAGAGUUCGGCAACACGGCGCUGUGCGUGACUGCAAACAGCACCAACGUGUGCAACAAUUGUGGCAGUCUAGCCACCGCGUGUGAUCCUUACGAUACGCGUAUUGUACACGCGUGUAUCCCCGGACAAGCUCCCCUACCAGUGCAAGAGUGUCCAGAUACACAAAUGUGCAGUGCAGGGGCUUGUGUUGAUAAGACAUCGUUAUCAGGACUGAAAAGUCCAGCUGAAGUUUGUGCUGAAAAUAUCGAUCCUUUAAAAUUUUACUCGCUUAAACCUGCAUGCACCUCGGCAGUGCUUUGUUCAGGAACCAACGUAAUUUUCAUUUACAACUGCACGUCAGGGAAUUAUUUCAAUCAAAUCUCAAACACAUGCAGAAGCCUCCCGGUGAAUCACUGCGAAGGCGUCACUACUGACGGAAUUUAUGCCCAUUUAACCAACUGUUCGAAUGGAGUUGUGUGUAUAGGUGGAGCGCUUACUGAUGAAAUUCAAUGUGGCUUUGAUAUGGCCUUUAGCGUUACCCACGGUUGUGCAAUGAAAGAUGAUACAUCCGUGUGUCCCGUAAUGGACGGGUGUACUACUACUAUACAACCAGCCGUUUGUUCUGCAAGCAACUUAAAUAUGCGAUACCCCCACGAGACCAAGUGUGAGAGAUACUACACGUGCCGGUUAAGAAGAGGUACCUACAAAUUCGUUGAGUCAACCUGCAGGGGAAAUUUGGUCUACAACCCUACCACCACCAAAUGCGAGACGCCAACUCUACCUUCCUGCCGCACCAGCAGAAACGAUGCAGCUUAAAGACCACGUCUACAGGAUUGUCCGUGUACGAUUCAUACGCAGCAAUACCUCCAAAAUAUUAUGGCCUGCGUAGUAGAAGCGAUGAAACCAUUGUAAUCGUUAUAAUCAUUGUAAUGUGUUUCCACCAUUGUAUCUUGUUACAACCAUCUUGUUGCACAAAAAUUGAGCCCCGAAAAACCCCGCAUGAUGACGGUUUUCAAAUGCAGUCCGGGCAGUUUAACCUCUGUUAUUUGGUUCUAAUAAAAUCUACUAGUCUCGCCGAAAAUUGAAUGAUGAGUUGUUUGUAAUUCAAUUAUGGGUCAAGAAUGCGACGUGAAUUCGUUAGAUCUAGAACCGUGAAUGAUAAUACUGGACUAUUCACCGAAUUAUAAGUAGCUCACGAUAGCGGAGAACGUACUGCAGUUGCUGUAGUGGAUAUUCGUCAUCGUUGGUUUUAACCAUGCCAACUCCGAUUUUAAGUCAUUAAGGCUUUUAAUCCAGUUUGGUAUUUUCCACUGACGGACUAAAGAAAAUUCCGGCUAGUUUCUUAUUCGAUUGUGACAGGUUUACGAUACAAACUGUGAGUCCUUAUAUCACAAGAUCUUCGAUUUAACAAACUGUUAUUGAUGGAAUUGUCUGGUAUUGUGGACGAUACCAACAACUGGGUUUUGUUUUCUGUUAGUGUUUUCUAGUUUCUGACUAGUUCCGCAUUGCCGGUCCCUGACACGUCACUUGCUCUUCUCGUAUUUUUAAGGCAUCAGAAUUGUGCACUAUUUAUUUGAGUGUUCGUUUUUGGUUUGAGAAAUA